AUGUACUUUGCUAUGAUAAUUCUGAGUGCAGCACAUCCCAAUGACCAGAGGUUUGUCUCCCAGACUGUGGUCCAACAGCCUGUGUCUGCAUCAGCUCAGCUGGGAGACCCUGUGGCUCUCCAGUGCUCUAUUACCUCCCAGAGGACGGACCACAGUAACCAGUGCCAAGGGGAACCCAGUGUGUACUGGUUCAGAUCAGGAUCAUCUCACCCUGCUGCCAUUUACAUGAAUGGAAACAGGAGUGGUGAAUGUCAGAAUAGUUCUGGGCCUCCGUCUGCUCCACAGAGCUGUGUCUACACACUCCCCAAGAACAAUGUAGACUCCUCUGAUGCUGGGACCUACUACUGUGCCCUGGCAGCAUGCGGGGAAGUUGUGUUUGGAAAUGGAACUAAACUGGACCUAACAGAACCCUACCGUCAUCUGGUUACCGUGGUGCUUGGAAUACUGUUGGCUUGCUGUCUGGUUGGGAAUAUAAUCCAAUUCAUAGCCAGAAAUAAAAAGCACGUUUGGGAGCAUUGCAAAGGAACACUGAGUUCCUCUGACCAUGUUGCAACUGACUCAGUGAUUCAGGAACAACAGGACAGGGAAACGGAUUCCUUGAAUUACGCAGCUUUGGAUUUCCCUGGCAGGAAAACCAAAAAGGGGAAAAAGAACAGUGAACGGACUGAGGAGAGUCUGUAUUCUGAUGUGAGAGAAACGCGCCACUGAAGUCCAUCAACCAGGGAGUCUGUGUCCCCUCAUGAGGCUAAAAGAAUGAAUUGGUACUGCCAUGUUCUGACGCAGUUUGGAUUGAUUAAUUUGAAUGUUGUGCUAUGGUUGUUGGCGGAAAUAAUCUGGACCGUUUUAUUGUUAUGGAUGUACUGUAUGUAGAUUGUUUAUAUUUAGUUAUGUUGCUUGGAUUGAAAGAUACAAAUGUGAUUAUAAAACUACGAGAUAGUUAUGGUCCUUGAUUCUGAUUGGCUCAUAGCCGUUGAAGAAUACGGCGUAAAAAAAACAUACAAAAAAAUGUAACUUACAAACACGCAUGUGACCGCAUUACUAAAACGUAAUAAACAUAUUUUUUA